GAUGACUCUGAGCUGAAGGGAGCUUGUGGAUUCACUCCUCCUCCAGAUCUGAAGGAUGAUGACGGGUCUGAUGAUCUGAAGGGUUACAAAGCUCACGAGCUGAAGGAAGACACAUUACUGAAAACUGAAGCUGGACGGAGUUAUUCACCCAACAACGUUCAGAGUUCAUAUUCUAAUGGCUUUAUGAGUCCUCCUUCGUGGGAUUCAAAGGCGUCUGAUCUGGAGACGGAUCUCUUCACAGCGUCAGACAGCUAUGAGAAACAUCCGGAGAUGACAGACUGUCGACCGAAGAAAUCACUGAAGUUUAAAGUCCCUCGCAUUCAUCGCAGACAUUCAAAGAGUAUUGAAGACCCUGAGAUCAAGCAGAGCAAAGAUCGUGACGCUUCAGAGAUGAAGAAGCCGCCUCUUCUUAAAGUGCCGCCGCUGCCCCACCGAGACUCAAAGAGCUUGGAAGAUGACGAGUUCCCUCAGAAGGGUGCAGAUCUGUUCAAGGCGGGAGACGUAGAGCUGGCGGAGGACGCAGGCUGGGAGGAAUACACGCCGGAUAAUAAACCACAGAAACCUAAAGAGACUGACACACAUCGCAGAGGGUCAAAGACUGAAGACAUGAAGGAGUUUCCUGAAGAGUUUCUGGAUCCUCCAGGGGCCACGGCUGGAGACCUGUCUGAUGCUGCUAAGGCUGAGUGGAUGUCGGCUCAGAUGGACAUGAGACGACUGAGAGUUCAAGAGGAAGAGCAGCAGCAGGAGGCAGAGGAUGAUGAAGGGGACACUGACAGUCUGAUGGAGUGGUGGAAUACAGUCGAGUUUUGGGAUGAAAUACCUGCUAAUGAGACGAUCAGCACUAAAGAAGAAGAGACCAUAUCGUUUAAAGCGGUCGCUGAUAAGGUCCACCGCGGUCUCCGCGUGUAUCUGAAGCUCUUCAUGGAGCGUGCCGAGCUGCUCUACCAGCACGUGCUGAUCUUAUACGACAUCGCCGACGACCUCAGCAACUUCCACCACCGCACUAAAAUCGCAAACAUCACGGGAGGAACGACCACCGCGGUGGGAGGAGCCACGGCCAUCGCAGGGCUGGCGCUGGUUCCCGUCACGUUCGGAGUGUCCAUCAUCAUCUCGGCCAUCGGACUGGGCGUCGCUACAGCGGGCGGCAUCACGGCCGCUUCCGCCACCAUCUCAGACACCAUCAACAACAUGCACGACCGUAAGAAGAUUGAACUCAUCAUUAUGGACUACGAGGCCCAGCUGGUGGAAAUGCAGCGCUGUUUGCAAUUCAUCAUCGAAGGUCUUUGUCGAUUGCGCUCUCAUCCGCUGCUGCGACGGAACAACUACUACACCGGUGACUGGGAGGUACGACGGGCCCUGCAGACCCUUAGCUUAGUGAGCGACCCGGUAGAUCGAGCGGAAGAAAUUAUUCACCACACGCUGGCCAAGUUAGCCAGUCUGCAGAAAGGAAUAGACAAGUACUUCACUAAAGACUCGAAAGAGGUGAAGAAGGGCUGUAAGAAGGAGGUGACGGCUGAAGUGCGGAGCCUGGCCAAACAGCUUCACGAAGGUUUAGCGGAGCUCAACUCCAUCAGAGAACAACUGCUCGACGCAAGUGGAAACAUCUAGUAAAUGUCACAGUUUUUGGUUCCAGCUGUCUGCGCUCCCAUUGGCUGUCGCUGCAAUGCUUUGCUGCUCAUUUGCAUAAAACGGAAUGGUGAUUCUCAGCAAGUUCCAACUCUCAAUGAGAUUAAAUGAAGUCCAGCCGCUUUGUUGAUGCAAAUCGCUGUCAGUGUGAACGCAUCUUACAACUUAACCAUAACUGGAUUCAGCUAUCGAAUUGAGUUCUCUGGAUGAUACAUGUAAUGAAACAUGAAAUCCAUUCAGCACGCCAAUGAUUACAAGAUUCCUCCACAUAAAUAGGCUAUUUAAGAGUCUUAUAAAAAUGUGAGCGUUUUCCCAUUUAACCUCAGUUCCCAUCGUGUUUUACUGUGUGGCUCCCAUCAUGAUUGCUGUACGGCCUGAGAACAGUCUUCUAAAUUAUUUCUAUUUGCCUAUUUUUUUAUGUAACAUUGUUCGCAGCCAUUUGUAAUUUGAAUGUGCGCGGCUUCAUUCGCUUCCAGUUAUUUUAACUGUACAAAACAGCUCGUGAUGUUGCUUCAUAUUGUAAACUGGCAUUUCUUAUUAUACUUUAAUUCACUAUCGUAUUUAUAAACACGCUGGUUUGUAGCGCAAAUACUUCUUUCUUUACUAGAAGUAGAAUACUUCUACUUUGUUAUUCUUGUAGGCAGUUUAUCGAUAGCGGCUAAAGAAUCGGACGUCUCGCACUUUCAGAUUCAAAAUUCAUUCACGUUGCAAAAUAAGGAUAUGUUGUCACAAAUUACACCACAUUGUAUUUGUAUUGUACAACUGUAGCUACUGCUGUGGUCACAGUUUGUGGUUAAACUCCAGUUUUUGUUCACAAUCCUGUUCUGCAUAUGGUGAGAGUGAAGCCACAGAUGAAUUACGUUUAUGUCCUAGGAGAUUGUACGCUUUGGAAGAAGUGCAUUUUUUUUUUAUUUAACUCUUGUCAUAUGCUCUUGUUUUGCACAUUAGCAACCCUAAAGCUGUUACACAAAAAAAAGUUAUUUCAUGUAUUGACAUGUCACGAGUGAAUGCCUGUGUUGUGCAAUACAGCAAUGAAUUGAUGAUUACGUUCAUGAAGAUAUUUUAAUAAAAUUAUUUAAAAUUUGCUGUCUGGGUGAAUAAAAAACAUCUUGGAUCAAACGCUAUACAUUUAACCCUA